AUGAUGCAGCGCAAAGCGAACCCAACCAUGAGAAGCACCGCUGCGCUCAUCAACAGCGCGAACGCUAAACGUUGCAUUGAAACUUCGUUUUUUUUCACUCGUAUUUUUAACUCCUCUUUUUUUGCUUUUUCUGGGAAAUUCAGAGGGAUCGAGAUAUGGUUGUUUGUCUGUGUCAGUUUUUUCUCCACUCAUCUCUCCACGCAUCUCAUCAUGCAGCACUUGAGAUUCGUGCAGAGAGUAUCUUCUUCUUCCUCCUCCUCCUCCUCUUCCUCUUGCAGAGCGUCGUGUUCGUAUCCAUCGUCGAUGAUGCGCGUGACUUCUUCUUCACCUUCUUCGUCGUCGUCGUCUUCUUCCCAAACAUCUUUGUUUAGUGGUAAUCUUCUUCGUCGUCGUCACCACGUGCGUUUUGCUGCGAGAAACACGGAACGAAACAUCACCACACUCGUCACAUCAUUAACAUCAUCAUUGCCAUCAUCGAGGAGGAAGAAUAGACGAAGGUCACAUUUGUUAUUCACCACAAGAGCAGCCUCGCCGGAUGCGUCUGGCUCAGGGUCGUACGACGAAGGCGUGAAGAAAGAUUGGACUGAGUCGAUACAGUGGUUACCUUUUAUGAACGUCUCGAAGGCGACAGAAACCGAACCCAUCGUUACGAAAGAGAACGAAGUUGUACUUCCAAUUUUUCCGCUCGGAUCGAACGUGCAUUUGCCGUAUUCGGAACACGUGUUAAACAUCUUCGAACCCAGGUACCGAGCGAUGUAUAACGACAUCCUCUUCAACGGCUCGAGGCGCUUUGUGGUGCCCAUGUGCGACCCGCAAGCUCAAGGCCAUUUUAGCAAGUACGCGUGCGUGUUUUACUUGGAUGAUUUGAAGGAAGUUUCCGAGCAAACGAACGACCAGGUGAAAUACGUGUGUUCGCACACGUGCGUAUCUGUCGUGCGCAUUGAACGCGUGGUGAACGACACGGUUUGGGGAGAUCGAAGUUCAUAUUUGAAAGGCGUGUGCGUGGAAAUCGGCGAUUACGGGAAGGAAGGAGAAGAAGGAGCUGAUAAUAGUGGCGCGAGUGAUGAUGGAGAAUACACGACGAAAGAAUCAAUGCUCGUUGAGAAAUUUACGCGCAUAGUUCAAAUGCAACAAGAGUUGGACGAACCGGUUCGAUUUAGAGAAGAGUUGGUGAAAGAACUCUCGGCGAAAAAUAAAAAAGGAGGAUUUUGGAGAAUCGUCGAGUUAUGGCAAUCGUUGCUCACGAACCGAGUGAAUUAUAAAGAAACUGAGUUACAGCGAGACGUCCAGGCGCUGCUUCAAUCUUUCAUGAAGUCACAAGGACCGGAAUUCGCCGAAAAACAGUCCAGAGGCGAAAUCACUUUGAAUUCGCUCCCGGAGAACAUCCAAAAUCAGUUCAAGCAGUUGCAAAUAAACUACCAAGAGGAAGCGAGAGAACUGGUAAACGAGGCAAUCUAUCCGUUUCAGCAGUUGUUAGAGCAAGAAGAGCACGUCCAGCGAUUAGAUUUCUUCUCUGAUAUGCUAGUGAACGAGGAAAAUCGGUUGCAAACGAAGUUGAGCUUAAAGAAUUUGUUCUCCUCUUCGCCCUCCUCCUCCUCUUCAGAUUCUCCCGACGAGGAAGACGAUCCAACGACUGGGCAAGACAACUAA